AUGACCAUCAAGUUAGUGGUCGGAGAGUAUACCAGAAAUGUUGUUAGCGCUUACGCGCCGCAAGCGGGCUUGGAUGAGGAGGUUAAAAGGCGCUUUUGGGAGGGAUUGGAUGAGAUUGUGCGUGGUAUUCCACCUGCUGAGAGUUUAUUAGGAGGGGAUUUCGAUGGUCAUAUCGGGUCGACUACUGGCGGCUAUGGCGAGGUGCAUGGAGGCUUCAAUUUUGGGGAUAGGAACGGAGGAGGUAUUUCGCCGUUGGAUUUCACUAAGGCUUUUGAGCUAGUGAUUGCGAACUCUAGUUUCAGAAGAGGGAGGAGCAUCUGGUUACUUUCCAAAGUGCGGCGACGAAGACGCAGAUUGAUUAUCUCCUCCUCAGGAGGUGUGGUAGAGGGCUGUACAGGGACUGCAAAGUUAUACCGGGUGAGACCCUAG